CGGACGUCAAGCCGUGGAAUUUCGUGAGGACCGAGGGACGCCGAGGCAGGGACGAAGACGCCAUAUUCACUUGUCAACGGACGUCAAUCAUCAGCGAUCGAAGAAAAGGAGCAGAGGAAUUAUCGGGGAUAAAAUAGUACCACCGGUCAAAUAAAAUCCUGCGAAUUAGUCGGGGGCCUAUUAAAAUACGGCUGGUUUACGCUGCGCGUGAAUUUGGGACAAAUCUCGAGAGUUAUGGCGUCGGAGGAGAUGAAGCUACGGAAACGAGAGGAGUACGAGAUGCAGCUCUUUGGCUUUCACUCCCGGGCUGCAUACGAUGGCAUAAAGAAUAUAAUAAAGGAAGAGGUACAGUCGGUCUGUCAGAAUUUGUGCAAAUCCAUUGGAAGUAAAUAUAAACUGGGCACUGAGGAGCUUUCUGUCCUCAGAAGAGAAGCCCAAGAAUUAGCUCAGACUUAUGAAAACAGAGCUGAAACUCACAUGGAAUCGUUGAAUAACAUUGUACGACAAUUCAUUGCAAUCCCUGACAAUGUUUUAUUGGAUGAGGAUAAAGGUCAAGCUGUUCAGGUCGGCGAAGAUGAAUUUCAAGAACUGAAGACCAAGAUGGAGAAUCUCCAAAAGAGAGCUAAAGGGGUCACAAUGUUCAACGCCGCUCUACGCCAAGAACUCGAACUUCAAAAAAGAUUCAAGGCCUGUGAGGACGCGAUAAACGAUGCGAGCAAGGAGAUUAAAGAUAACACCGUUGUUCCAAAUCUGGAUGACCAGAUAACAGAGUUCAUCCAGCAAUCGGAAAAGCUUAGAAUGCAGUUACCAAUUCUUGAAUCCCAAUCCGAAAAGCACAAAUACAAUCCACCCUUGGAAAAUCUUAAAGAUUUUGAUCUCGUAUACCGUGAAAUUUUAUGAAUUAUUACUGCCAACGAAAAAGAGCAAUUUUUCAAAGAUGUUACUUGCAGUCUAUCAAAGUGUUGAAUAAUCUUCAACAUAUAUGUAUAUCUAGCUAUAUU